AUGGCCUAUCACCCUCAAACGAACGGCCAAGCUGAGGUUUCCAAUUGGGAGAUUAAACGCAUAUUGGAAAGAAUUGUGAAGCCUCAUCGGAAACAUUGGAGUGCUAAGCUCACCGAUGCACUAUGGGCCUACCGAACGGCGUAUAAAAUGCCAAUUGGCAUGAGCCCCUUUCGGUUGGUCUAUGGUAAAGCUUGCCACUUACCGGUGGAAAUAGAGCACAAGACAUAUUGGGCCAUCAAGGAGUACAAUUCAAGUUUGGAAGGGGCCGGAAUUGAGAGGAAGCUACAACUAGUAGAAUUAGAGUGCUUGAGGCUAGAGGCUUAUGAGAACUCUCGACUUUACAAGGAGAGGAUGAAAGCCGUGGAUGAUAAGAUCAUAAGAAGAAAAGAAUUUAGAGCCGGCAACCAAGUCCUCCUCUACAAUUCAAGAUUGAGAUUGAUGCCCGGAAAGCUAAGGUCAAGGUGGGAAGGACCUUAUAGAGUAGAAAAGGCAGAGCCAUACGGAGUCUAUCACUUGCGCCAUCCUUCAAGCUCUGACAUUUUCAAAGUCAAUAGGUAUCGUCUAAAGUUGUAUCUUGGUGAAAAGAUGAAAAGCAACAAGGAGAUGGAGGUGUACCUUUUGGAAGAUGCACCUAAUGGCAAAGGGAAUUGA